AUGGCCUCCAGAGACAGACUCGCCGAGCGGAGGGCUCAGCAGGGCGGCGGGGGGUAUGGUAACCAAGAUGCGUACCAGAUGCAGGACACGAACGACUACCGGUCUCGUGCUCGUCAGGCCAACCCUUACGCCCAGCAGGACGACAACCCGUACCAGCCGGAGCCCAUUGCCCCUAGCACGACCAACCUUGGUGGAGACAGCAUGACGGCGUUCUACGCCGAGAUCUCGUCGGUACAGGACGACAUCCGGACGUUCAACGACAACGUUCAGCGGAUCUCGGACCUGCACUCGCGCUCGCUCAACACCGCGGACGAUGCCGCGAGUCAGCGGACAGCGCAGCAGCUCGAGGACCUCGUCGCGGACACCAGCGCACUCUCGAAUGUGCUCAAGCGGCGCGUCAAGGCGCUCCAGAAGCAGGGCGGCGCCGGCCGUGACGGCGAGAUCCGCAAGCAGCAGACCGGGCUCGUGAAGCAAAAGUUCAUGGAGGCCAUCCAGAACUACCAGACCGUCGAGCAGCAGCACCGCCAAAAGUACAAGCAGCGCCUCGAGCGCCAGUACAAGAUUGUCAAGCCGGAUGCGAGCCCCGAAGAGGUCAAGGCGGUCGUGGACGACGAUCAGGGCGGCCAGGUCUUCAGCCAGGCCUUGAUGAACUCGAACCGUUACGGUGAGGCCCGGUCGGCGUACCGUGAGGUGCAGGAGCGACAUGCGGACAUCAAGAAGAUUGAAAAGACACUCACGGAGCUCGCUCAGCUGUUUAACGACAUGAGCAUUUUAGUCGAGCAACAGGACGAGCAGAUCACGGUCAUCAACGACACGGUGAAAGAGGUCGAGAAGGAUGUCGAAACUGGUCUCAACUACACGUCAAAGGCAGUUGACUCCGCACGGGCCGCCCGCAAGAAGCGUUGGAUCUGCUUCAUCUUGUUCCUUGUCAUCCUCAUCAUUAUCGCUAUCGUCGUCGCCGUCGUCGUUCUUCAGAACCGGAAGAAAUAG